GAAAAAAUCAACACCAAGCUACGGCUAGUCAAAACACAGAACGAAAUAAACAAAAAGCCUGUUCUCUCCGGAGAAAACGACCGAAUCCUGCGUCCCCGUGUCAAUUGAAGCUAAAUCCAUUGCAAAAUGGCACAGGGAAGUCGAAAUGAGGAGCAAACGUUCAAUGAAUUUUACACCGAGGUUAAAGAAAUAGAGAAGCGCGAUUCGGUGCUUACAUCCAAACAGCAGAUCGAUCGGUUAUUGCGCCCGGGUGCAACCUACUUCAACCUGAACCCGUUCGAGGUGCUACAGCUCGAUUGUGACACACCGUUGGAGCAGAUAAAGAAGAAAUAUCGCAGCCUCUCGAUACUGGUACAUCCGGACAAGAACCCGGACAAUCUCGAUCGCGCACAGCAGGCAUUCGAAAUCAUCAGCAAAGCUUACAAGACGCUCGAGAACGAAACAACGCGCAAAAAGUGUCUCGAGGUGUACGAAGAGGCGAAGGACCGCACCGAUAUGAUGAUUGCCGAAAAGAAGAAAAAACUGAAGAAGGAAGGCAAGUACGACGGAGUGCCGGAGGACGAUCCAGCCAAGUACAAACACGCCAUCUACGUAAUGGUGAUGAAACUGUUCGCCGACAUCGAAAGACGCCGACAGCAGCUAGAGGUGCGCGAUAUGGAAGAGCGUAAGCGCAAACGGGAGGCAGAGAUCGAAGAGGAGGAGCAGCGUGAUUUGCAGAAGGAAUGGCAAAAGAACUUUGAAGAAUCCCGCCAGAGUCGGGUCAAUAGCUGGCACACGUUCCAGGCCGGUUCAUCGUCGUCGUCGUCCUCGUCGUCCACCGCUGCGGCCGCUUCAACGGUGAAGAGCAAAAAAUCGAAAAAAGCCAAGUACACCUCGUUCAACCCACCAAAAAUCAAACCGGAGACCCGAUAGAUAUAGAAGCGGAGCUUACCGAAACCACAGCAAAUCGUUCGCGGCUUACGAUGCUGAUCCAGAAACAAGGAAUUUAAUUUUAAUACUGCCUUUUUCACAAAAUCACCUCACUGCAUGUCCUGUUUUGGCGCGAACCUUGUCGUGAUGGAUGACCAUUGGACGACAAUUCCUUUAAACGUUCUUCUGGGUGGUAGUUCGGUACGUCCUUCUACAGAACUGUGACCAAAUCGUGGUAUACCGUUUCCGUUUGAAGGUAGAUAAAAGGGACGUUUUUGCAAGGACAUUUUGUAACCCCAUCCCACUACAUAGGUUAUGCAAACAUUGUUAAACGAAAGAGGAGCGAACAAGGGUUUGUUUGUCGAAAGAAAAAAAACAAUUCAGCUUUUGUGACAAAAUAAAACGUACAUGUAUCUUGACCAUCCACAUUAGAG